UUCUCUCACACAGAACAAUCGUUUAAAUUCAAGAAUCAAGAUUGUGCUAACUGCACAGUGCCCAUUCUCAGUUUCAGAUCAAGAUCAAGAUCAAGAGGUUUCAUUGCAAUGGAUGCUAUGGAGCUGAACUCGCAACAUAGACAAUUUUCUAUUAAGUUAUGGCCUCCAAGUCAGAACACCAGACAGAUGCUUGUGGAGCGAAUGACCAACAACCUAGUGACUAAAUCUAUUUUCACGCAGAAGUAUGGGACUUUGGAUAAGGCAGAGGCGGAAGAGAAUGCGAAAGGAAUUGAGGAUGCAGCUUUUGCCACAGCAAACCUUCAUUAUGAGAAAGAGCCAGAUGGUGACGGAGUUUCUGCAGUCCAGCUUUAUGCCAAAGAAUGUAGUAAGCUCCUCCUAGAGGUUCUUAAAAGAGGACCUGGUAAAAUGGAUACCAAAGAAAUGGUGACACCUGAUAAUACCACUGCUCUUCAUGAAUCUGUUUUUGAUAUAUCUAAAGGCCAACGGGCCUUCAUUGAAGCAGAUGAGGCUGAGGAACUCUUAAGGCCAUUAAAGGAGCCAGGAAAUUCUUUCACUAAAAUAUGCUUUAGCAAUAGAAGUUUUGGAUUAGGAGCAGCACAAGUUGCUGAGCCCAUUCUCGUUUCCCUCAAGAACCAGUUGAAAGUAGUAGAUCUAUCGGAUUUUAUUGCUGGAAGAUCAGAAGCAGAAGCUCUUGAUGUCAUGAAUAUAUUUUCAGCGGCUCUAGAGGGUAGUGUGUUGAAAUCUUUAAACCUUUCUGAAAAUGCUUUAGGUGAGAAAGGUGUUAGAGCAUUUGGAGCACUCUUGAAAUCUCAAAACAGCUUGGAGGAGCUUUAUCUGAUGAAUGAUGGAAUCUCAGAGGAAGCUGCUCGAGCAGUUUGUGAGUUGAUUCCUUCCACAGAAAAGCUCAUAGUUCUUCAAUUUCAUAAUAAUAUGACUGGAGAUGAAGGGGCACUAGCUAUAGCUGACAUUGUGAAGCGUUCUCCUUCAUUAGAGGAAUUUCGUUGUUCCUCUACAAGGAUAGGUCCUGAAGGUGGAGUUGCCUUGUCUGAUGCUCUAGGGAAUUGUACCCAUCUGAAAAAGCUUGAUUUGCGAGACAACAUGUUUGGGGUAGAAGGUGGAGUUUCUCUUAGUAAAGCUCUGAUCAACCAUGCAGGGUUAAGAGAGAUAUACCUGAGCGAACUAAACUUGGAAGAUGAUAGCGCAAUUGCUAUAGUCAGUGCUCUUCAGGAAUCAGCACCUCACCUUGAAGUUUUGGAGAUGAGUGGAAAUGAGAUUACUGCUGAUGCUGCUCCUGCAAUAGCAGCUUGCCUAGCAGCAAAGGAAUUUCUUACCAGGUUGAACCUCUCCGAGAAUGAACUCAAGGAUGAAGGUGCCAUCCAGGUAAGCAAGGCAGUUGAAGGUCAUGUCCACAUGAAGGAAAUUGAUCUAAGUUCCAACCAAAUAACAAGGAUUGGAGCUCGACAAUUGGCUCUGACUGUUGUGCAAAAGGCUGAUUUCAAGUUUCUGAACAUUAAUGGAAACCACAUUUCUGAUGAAGGCAUUGAUGAGGUGAAGGAUAUAUUUAAACAAUCUCCUGACUUGCUUGGGCCAUUAGAUGAAAAUGACCCUGAUGGAAGAGACGAUGAUGAAGAUUCUGCUGAAGGAAGAGGUAGUGAGGCCGAACUGGAAUCCAAAAUGAAGAACCUUGAAGUCAUUUAAAUGAACUGGAGGAGUGAUUCUGUUGUGUUAGUUUUUUUAAUUUUAUUAUUAUUUCUCUUUAAAGAGUAAACUUCUAUUUCGAUAUAAAAUUCGUGUCUGAAAAUUUCAAGCCUAAAGAUUCAUUACGCAGCCUCCAAUUUUCUUGUUUAUGAUCGAAGGUAUUUAUUAGGAAAUAAAUGGCUAACCUUUUACGAUAUGAGUGUGUUCUUCACAAA